CCGCGCGCGGCCCGAGAGGACCCGACUGGAGCCCUAUGGAGCCCCCAGCGUUCCCGGCUGCCGGGCUGCACACGGUGCGAGCGGCGCCCGGCAGCGCCGCCGCCCUCGUCCUGCCCCUGCCUUCUGGAACUCCGCCCUUCCGCUACCAAUGGAGCCGCGCGGGAGCAUCUCUCGACGACCGCUUCACGGCGACGGACGACGCGGGUGGUGUCAGGCUGACCAUCUCCGCCGCCCGCACCGGCGACAGUGGAGUGUACACGCUACAGGCGAGCAAUGCCGGUGGUUCGGACACGGCGCGGGUGCGCCUGGAGGUAUCCCCCGAUGAGGCCCCCACCGGCGAGGACCCCCCCACCUUCCUCCGGCGUCUGCAGGACCUCACCGUCAAGGUCGGCACGCGGACCAGAUUCCUCGUAGAAAUCGUCAGCUCCACUGAAUGCAAGGUGACAUGGUACCGCAACGAGCGGCGCUUGAUGGAAGCGGAGCGGAUAUCGCUGGUGCGCGACGGCCACUUCUGGUGCGCUGAUGUGUCGGCAGUGAGCGUCGACGACGCCGGCAGGUGGACUUGCACGGCCGAGAACGCUGGUGGACGCGCCUCCUGCUCAGCCCACCUCAAUGUCCUUGUGCCGAAGGCGUACAAGCGUCCAGAGUUCGUGGAGGAGCUCCGGGCGUUACUCACAGAGCAGGGCACAGUCUCGCUCGAAUGCAAGGUGGUCGGCGUGCCCACCCCAGUAUUGCGCUGGUUCAAGGAUAGUCGUGAAAUCAAGGCUGGCGACGUUUUCGCGUUGACAGCUAACGCCGAGGACCCCACUUCGCUGGGCACUUACACCUGCGAAGCUGUCAACUGCAUGGGCCGAGCCUACUCCUCAUCCAAGGUGCAUGUCGUCGGUCGCGGCAGCCGGGAGGGAUCUGCUAAACCUUCCAGCGUGACUCCCGAGCCGCCGCCGAUCUUCACCAAAGAGUUGGAGCCGCAAGCAGUGAGGAUCUGUGAACCACUGGCUCUUGGCUGUCAGCUGGUCGUUCCACCGUGGCCGCGCAGCGUAGUCUGGUACAACAAGGAAGGGAAACUCGAGCCGGGAGAAAGGUAUCACAUACUAGAAGAUGGUGUGGGUGGAUAUCUGGUGGAGAUACCGUCAGCAGAGUGGUGUGAUGAGGGCGAGUGGAAGUGCGUGGCUACCAGCCAAGGCGGUAGGGUCGGCAUAUCCACCACUUAUGUCAGUAUGGAAGUCCCAAAGAACUACCGCAAGCCGCGAUUCAUGGAAAAUCUGCAAGCAGUUCUGACUGAGGAGGGGCUCGUCUCCUUCGAGUGCAAAGUAGUCGGGUUCCCCACCCCCGUGCUCAGCUGGUUCAAGGACGGUCAAGAACUCAAGCCCGGAGACGUCUACCAGCUCACCGGCACCAACUCUCUUGGAUCAUACUGCUGCAUAGCGCGUAAUUGCAUGGGGCAAGCGAGCAGCUCAGCAGAGCUCACGGUAGAAGACAUCCAGAACCAACUCAAUGAAGAAGAGAAACUACAACUGUUCUCCAAGAAUCAGGCUCCGAAGUUCCUGCAGGGCCUCAAGAGCGUCGAAGCCAAGAUCGACGAACCAUUCCGUUUCACUAUCAAAGUACAAAUCCCCCCGGAACCGUCCGUGUUGUGGUACCGCGACGACCAGCCUGUUGACGAGUCCACCCGCUGCCACCUCGGCAAGGAGGAUAAAGGGCUGUUCUUCCUCGACAUCCAGAACCUUGAGUUCAUCGACCAGGCCGAGUGGAAGUGCGUCGCCAUGAACGACUUCGGUCACAGCGUCACCUCUUGCUUUCUUAAGCUCAUGAUACCCCGACACUAUAAAAAGCCACGCUUCCUCGAAAAUCUACAAGCAAUUCUAUCCGACGAGGGUGCAGUUAAUCUCGAAUGCAAAGUCAUAGGAGUACCACAACCAGUUCUAAAGUGGUACAAAGACGGCGAAGAACUUAAACCUGGUGAUAUCCACCGAAUAAUCUCAGGCCAAGACGGUACCUGCUGCCUUGGGACAUACACAUGUGAAGCCCGUAACUGUAUGGGCAUAGCAGCCAGCUCCGCAUCUUUACUUGGAUUUGAUGAUUCCAUGAAAGCUAAGAAAAAGAAGGUUGAAGAUCAAGCGUUACAAAGAAAUCUGUCUCUCAGUACUAUUCACGAAGAAAGAACGUCACAAAUGUACGACACGCCAGUCGGUGAUAUUACAUUGGAUGACAAAGGAGAAAUUUCGUUUUCUUUCGAUGGCAAAGAAGUAUCUGUUUCUCUGUACGAAACUCCAGAUUUAACGGAAGAAGAAGCAUUACAGAUCGUUGAAAUGUAUGCCGACCAACUCUCUGAAAAUGUCACAGAACAUAACGUAGUUGAAUUACCUCCAUUGAGGUUCGUGAAGGAAACAUCUACUUCUGGAAACUUGUUGAUGGAAGCUAUAAUUAUCGAUGUUUCUCCGGAAUACUUUGUCUCGCCAGAAGAAGAUUUAAGAACCGAAGCUGAUAUAGAAGACAUUUCCAUCGCAGACGAAAAUGGCCCUCCACAGUUGUCUUUGGACACAGACAUCGGAGGUGAAGAUUACUUAGAAAAAACAAUGGCUCUUCUCACUGACGAGAAAGUGGAUAUACCAAAGAGAUUUGGACGUAAGAAGUCGGAUUCCGUAAAGAGCGGGGAGGAUUUCUUUAGCUUGUCGCGCGAACAGUCAUUUUCUGAAGAGAAGAGAGAUGACGAUACUCAAAUAUCGGAAAGUUUUGCAAGUGCUCGAAGUUCAGCCAAGGUAAAAUCUAAGUCGUUUAAACCAUCUGAUGAAGAAGCUAAAGAAUCAUCAGAUGUAACGAAGACAAUAGUCACCAAAGACGAAGCUCAAAAUUACGCUGCUGAACCUGAAAUAUCUCCGGUUGUUAAACCAAAACGUGAACGCCGCAGUAGUCGUGGAUCAAGACGCUCUAGUUCUGGCAGUGAAAAAUCUUUGAGUAAAUCUAGAGAUGAACCCAGAAAAAAACCAGAACCUGAGGUAAUGGAACCUGUUAAACCUGUCAAAUCAGUCAAACUCCCGAUGAGUAAUGAAGAAUUUAAAACUAAAAUGAUCAACGUUAGUUCAACACUAUCCAAAGUUAUUAAUGACGUUCAAAUUAUAGAAAGAGAUAUAAUUUUAAAGUCUGAACUCAUGUCAUCUGCCGCUACUGCAUCAAGAAGUCUAGAAAUCAUAAGUAGUUUGAUAAGUCCUCUGUCUGAAAUUCACAGUAUUGUGGAUGUAGCUAAAGAAUCUAUUUCAGAUUCUAAAGAAGUUAGUAGCACAUUAUUCAACAGCCUACCUCAACCUCUGAAAUCUCUCCAGCAAUCUUUAACGAUAAUCGAAAAGUGCAUUGACGUAGAAAGUGAUAAUAGAACACUUGUGAAAAGAACCUGUGUUGCAUUUAUCGAGACCUGUGGAAAUGACGUGCAAAAUCUUAUGUCUGAACUUAGUUCAGUCACGAGCAAGGAAUAUUUAUUAACAGAAGAAAGAACACUCAAUGAAAUUGAAGCACUUGCAGAAGAAGUCACAAAAGUUAUAAAGUACUCAGCUGAUACAGUUAAAACAAAGAACUUGUUGAGUGAAGCUAGUGAAAUAAAACCUGAAGAAACAUCGUUUGAAACAAAACACCUGAGAGAUACGCAGAAAGCAGUAUAUGAACUCAGAAGUCCAUUGAACUCCUUACUAUGUAUAGCUGAAAGUGCAGAUAGCGGUAAGAUGGUAGAUGUGGCUAAGGUGAAACACAGUGACGUCAUUCUUACCGAUAUGUCUGCCUCAAUUCAGGAUCUCCAAGCUGCAUUAGAACAAAUCGAAAAUCUAUCAGUUCGAGAAUCAACCACAUCCUUGCAUAAAUAUAAUACCGAAAUCAUAGAAACUGUUAUGGAUUCUGUGCUCAAGCUUAGAAAUUCAUUUGAGCAGCUAACCGUAGAAACAAAAACUGAGGAAGACAGAACUGUUUUAAGACAGGCUUUAGCUUCUAUCAAGCAUAACUUGAGUGAGAUAUCCUUACAUAUUGAUACAGUAGAAAGAAACAUUGGAACAUUCGAUGUUUUGCAAAGUGACAAUAAAUUGGAAGUUCUUCAAAAGAUGGCUCAGAUACUCAUAGCAUUAGAAAAUAAUUUACCGAGAUUAGAAGUGAUACCAGAAGUGAAAACACAUGUGGACGUAUUCCAUAAGAAUUUGACUAAAGUUCUUGAGAACGUUAUAGAGACUAAUGAUGCUAAGAAAUAUUUUACUCUUAUGGAAAUAUGUGAUGCCGUCAAUAGACUUAACAGUUCUAUAAAGAACAUAGAUGCAGAUGUUAUAUUGUCCUUGGCAAGCUUUAGCAAUACGCUAACUAUAAUCCAAGAAUAUUUUGUGAAAAAUAUAUUUGAGCCUGAGCUGAACUGUUCUAUACUCAGCAACAUAACUGAUGUACUAGUUGGUAUACAAGAAGCUCUAAACCAUGCUGAUGAAAUCAGUAUCCAAGUUGAUUCAGAACAUAUUCAAGAUAUUUCAUCUCAACAAUAUGACGGAGCGAAAGCAAAUGUUUUAAUUGAACAUAUCGAUCAUACCAUAGCAGCUAUAAGCAAUGUGAAGUCGAUAGAAACAACUAAGGAGUUAAAAGCAGCUCUAACGCCUGUUUUGGAAACUAUUUGCCCGGUAUUAGAGGAACUUAAACGUAGUGUGGCUUCAGCGAGACCAAGCGACAUCCAGCAAGAAGAACAUGUGUCAGAAUUGUCAGAAGUUUCUUUCGCAAAAACACUAGCUACCCCUAUUUGUGAGCUGAAUCAAAACAUUGUAGUAUUAAAUCAAAUGAUCGUAGAAAACAUUGAAAGCAUUAAGGAAAGUACUGAAGUUAUAUCAACUAUUGCUGAACCUCUCCAUGAGUUACAUACAACACUAGAAGUUCUUCAGCAAGAAGUUAUUUCACAAUACGGCGAAGAUAUCUCAACAUACGACGUGAGUGUUAAUAUAGCCAGUGCUGUACAAAAUCUCCAGAGCUGUAUUGUAAUGAUUCAAGAACAAGCUGGAGUAGAAGCGGUCGACGAUAUGUCGACUUUGGAAGAUAUAUCUGGCAUUAAAACCACAGCUGAUACGAUUCCGUCCGAUCGUUUAAUAUUACCAACCGCUGAGGAGACAGUGGCUGAACAGGCGUUAGAAUCGCUAAGUCAAGACCUCGAAGCAUCUGCCACAGCUCAAGCGCUACAAUCUUUAAAAGAGCACAUAACAGUAUUGCAAACACCUGAAAUAAUCGACGCACUAGAUUCCCUUUCUGAAGUCAGCGACUAUUCCAGUUUAAAAUCUAUUGCGUUGGGUUUGGGUGAGCUUCAUGCUGGUAUCGAAGAGAUUCUUCAUCCAGUUGUGAUGGAAAGUUCAAAUGAGUUGAACAAUUUGAUUAAUACUUCCAAAUUGACGGCUAUUGCGGAGCCUAUGCAAGAACUCCAGCAAAGCUUAUCUGUCCUAGAUAUGAGUAACAUUCCAAUUUUCGAACAUAUUCUAGAAAUGCCGGCGGAAAAGAUACAUUCCGUGUUGCACAACGUAAUUGAAUUUAAGGAACAAUUAGAUAAGUGCAUUCACGCUGUUUUCCCAGCAAUGGAAACUGCAGAAAAGACAAUAGAGAUAUCAAACAAAGUGGAAACUUUACGUGAAGUAUGUGAAAAUAUGAAAGAUGUUAUUAAAACUACUAAAUUGGUGUCAGAAGAAGUACCUGUUAAGCAAGAGGUUCUUAUGUUAGAAGAAACUAUCAACAAUCUUCUUGACGCUACCGAUGUUUCCAAAGGCAUUAAGAUUGAAAAUGUUAAGGUUAUUACUGAAGAGUUAUAUCAAAAUAUUCUAACUGUGCAAGAAGAAAUUAUUCAGUUUACUUCGCAUACACCAGAGCAAUUGUCGCAAGAAGCUCAACUAAUACAAGCUAUAGAUGAGAUUGAGAGUAACAUUGCCGUGUUAGAGCAAUACGAAUUCGUUGAUCUCUCGCGAGCUUCUGAUGUAACGUCUUGCACAUCCCCUCAGAUAGCGAUGGAAUUAGAGUCAGAGUCACUGUUGCAAAUGGACGACAUUGUAGAAAAUGCUGUUAAUGUUGUCCAAGACUCGACACAAGAUACACCAAUUGCAGAUUUAAUGGCUAUCGAAGAUUUCUUCAAGAUUUGCAAAAACGAAUUCACCAUACUGAGAUGCUUGAUGACUAAACAGCUCAGUCACAAGAAAAUAAUUAGAAUAUUACAAGAAUUUACUUCACUUCAGACUACCAUUAAUGAAUUUAAGCAGAAGCGGACUGAACUUCAACUAUCUGAAGAUAUAGACUCAUACUUAACAACUUUCCUUAUUCACGCCGAUGACUGUUUAAAAAAUGUGCAACAAUCCUUGAUUAAGAUUGUGCAAUCUCAAUCAGAGAUCCUCAUUAAAACACCCGUGAAAAAACUUGAAAAUACAAAGAAAGCAUUAAAACAAAUCCCAGAAGGCAAAAUAUCGCCUCUCAUUGCUGAAAUAGCGAAAAAGUUUGACGAUGUUGUGGAAGCCGCCAAACCAUGUAUUAAAUAUGCUGAAACUGCGAUUAUUGAAGAAAUUACAGAUUCCUCCAUGUCUACAACUUCAAAAGUAGACGAAAAUAUUCUAGAAGGAAAAAUGGAGGAGUUAACAUGGUUUGUCGAAGAAAAGAGCAAUAUGGAAUCAUUAGACGAACAAUCAAAACAAGUGUUAGAUAUUGUUUUAACUUGUAUUCAAAAACACGAAAACUACAAAGAUGCUAUAGGAACGGGCAAGACGUUAAUAAUAUUAAAAUGUUUGUCGGAAUGUUCCGAUGUUUUACAAGAGACUAUAUUAGAAAGCAAAUCUAAAUCACUCAGUACUGAAGAAAAGAUAGAAGACAGUAAUCUGAAAGCAGUAUUAAUCGAAAUGUUGGAACCACUGCAAGCUUUACACAGUCAACUUAACAGUGUCCAAGAGCAAAUUUUGUCUGGAGUAGAAGAAGACUCAAUUUCAGUCGAUAUUCCGUCCACAGAAUCUCUCGUGCAAACAAUGACUGAAAUUCACAAAGAAAUUCAGCAAGUAGAAGCUGAAAAAGUUAUCGUUGAUAGUGAGGAAAUAUCACUCAUCAUGGAAGUUGACAAAGAAAUUCAUUCGAUUCAAGACAGCAUACGAUCAAUGGAAAAUGUACCAGUAGCUCAGGUAGUAAAAGAAAUAUCUAAACCGAUAGAUGAGAUAGAGAAGUCUUUGCACACUAUAUUAGCAUCUGAAAAAGUUAUUGAAAGCAAAGGCCAGCUUCCUGCAGAUGUCAAUUAUAAUAUUGAUUCGUUGGAAAACGCGCUUGAAAGAUUUAUUAAUGUUGAAAUAGAUUUAUUGGCUACAUUGGAAGUUAUUGAUGAAGUAAAACUUAAAGAAAGCAUACAAAUUGCCGUCGAAUUAAACAGUUUGUUAACGUUAAGCCCCGAAGAGCUGAGUUCUACUACAUUAAUUGAAACCAAAAACAAUAAAGUAUCAUCUUUAAAAGCGAUUUUGUUGAAAUUUGAUUGGUUAAACACUGAUACUUAUUUAGAAGGUAAAAAUUACCUAGAACAAGAUAAAUUAAGACGCGUACUAUUGAUAACUUAUCAACUUUUAGCUGAGUUAGAUAAAGUUUCACAACCAAGUCAAGUAAAUGAAGCUAAAAAAGAAAAAGCGAAACAGCUUAUACAACAUAUUGACCAGUAUAUAGAAUUGAUAGAAAUCGUUGAAGAAAUAUCUGCUGUUAUUAAAAUUGAGAAUUUGCAAGAGACUGCCAACAUAGCUCGCGAAUUGCGAGAGACUUUUGCAGUUUCUCAACCAACAAUUGAUGAGACUACUGGAGAGGAAAAUAAAGUGGACAUUAGUCCACUUCAGGUUAAUUUGGCGCAUGAACUUCAAAAUGGUAUAUCUUCUUUACAAGUUCAGGUCUUGGAUAGUGUUCAAGAGCUAGCUCCCGCAUUAGGGUUAGAGGUAUUACAGCGUAUUGCUCAAGUGACCUCACAAUUACAAGCCGAUUUAGUUGCUGUUACUGGAGUUCAAGUUGCUGUUCAAGCACCUGUCGAAUUUAUAACUUCUGUUACAAAAUCAAUAAAAGACCAAGCUAUAGAAGGUGCAACAGUAGAAACUCUAUGUGAAGCACAACUUCUUGAUAUGCAAACUAUAGAAAUAGCGCCUGUAAAAGAAGCCGAAAGUCAAACAGACAAAGUUAUUAUUAUUGCAAAAACUGAAGCCAUAUCUGCUCCUAUUCUCAGCGAAGAGAACGAACCAGAUAAAGCUGUAAGCAUAGAUGAAACUGAAGAAAUAGAAGCUGUAGAACAAGCAGUUGCAGUUGGUGAUCAAACACCGACAGUUGAGGAAUGCGCUGUUGUCAAAGAAUCACUUUUGCAACACAUCGAAGAAUACGUAUCUGAAGAUAUCGUAGCAGCUAUUGUUAAAAUAUCCGAAAUAACUAAUGCUGAAGAACCUAAGCAAUCUGUAAAAGUAGCAAAGCAAUUACUCGAAAAUAUUGCAGCGGCUGAACUAGGAGUAAAAGCUGAAGGUUUUGGUGAUGUGCCUAGUGCAGUUCAACAAGAACAAGCUGAAUUGGUGCAUCAGCUGCAGAAUGCAUUAAGUACAUUGCAAGAUUUACCUCGUGAUAGUUCAUUAGAACUUACACCUAUGAUUGGUGAGGACAUGCUUCAACGAGUGGUAGAAGUGGUUAAUCUACUCCAAGAGGACCUUACUGCUAUUGGCACAGUUAAACAAAUUGUAACUCAAGUAGCACCGGUAGACGAAAAACUUGAAAUCGUAGGAAAAUUUGCAGAAGUAAAAGAAGUGCCCAAACAAGAUGAACUUGAAAUAAGCGUAGAAGACGUGUCAACCAUUCAAGCAGAACAACCUGCUAUUGUAGAAAAAGCUGUAGAUAUUGAAGAAAUUGUUAUUCCUGUAUGUGAAGUAACUGCGAAAACCACUGAAAGUUUAGUUGUGGCUACGAAAACUGAAAUACAAUUGGUACCAGAAGACCAAGCAGUAAUAAAUGAAGAAAUUCGAGCAGUGCCCAUGGAAAGUGUAGCAGUGACGCAGGAGAUCGAACCAAUUGUUCUUCAAGAAGUUGCCAUCAGUGAAACUGUUGAUGACGUAUCUAAGGAGCAGGCAACAAUUACUGACAUAUUAAUGCACCAUAUCGAGCAAUAUACAUCUCAAAAAAUUGUGGAAGUGAUUAAUAAUUUAGCCACAGCAACGAAUGUUGCAGAAGUGAAACAAUCGAUAAACCUUGCCCAAGAGUUACAUGACAGAAUUGCAGAUAGCGCAUCGUCUGUAAAAUUUGCUUCAGGAAAGGACAUCGACAUACAAGAACAAGUAAAAAAAGCGCAAUUAGUUCAACAAUUACAAAGUGCUUUAUCAGCACUAUGUCUGGUUGCAAUUGAAUCUACAUCAGAAUCUCUGACUUUAAUAGACAAAGAAUCAUUACAGCAAGUACUUGAUAUAGUCAGGCAUCUUCAGGCUGAUCUAGCCUCUUUAGGAAUCAGUGAAUCUGCAGCCGUUGAACUAGCACUUGUAGAAGAUAAGCUUGAUGCGAAAGAAAUUCAGACAGUAGAAGAACUACAGGCGUCUACAACCGCUACUGAAGUAUCACAGACAAAUGUUGAACAAAUAUCAAGUCUGGUUAAAAAAGAGACAGAAUUGGAAGAACAGAUAACAGCUAAGACAGGAAAUAAGGGGCGAACUGCUGCAACAAUUAAGGCGGUUCUGCUGAAGUAUAUUGAAGAAUAUAUAUCUGAUGAAAUGAUCGAAGUGAUUGAUAAACUGUCAACGUCUGAAAAUGCUGCACAGCUAAAACAGUCAGUAAAAGUUGCGCAAGAGCUGCGAGAGAGAAUUGCAGCAAGUGGUGUUCUUGCAUUAAUGGAAACAAGCAAAGAACUGCCUAAAGAAGGGGAAGGUGACAAAGCUCUGUUAGUCCAGCAAUUAAAAGAGGCAUUGUCAGUGGUACAAUUGCUAGCAAUUGAAAGUACAAUGGAUCCCAUGCCCUCUGUAAAUGAAGAUACCAUUCAGCAAGUUCUUGACGUAGUUUCACAACUUCAGGAUAUUCUAGCUAUUGUUGCAGUCGUUGAACAGGUAAAAACGCAAAAAAUAACAGCAAAGUCUGAAGAGAAAAAAAUGACUAUUAAAGUUGAAGAAAAAGAAGUGUCAGAAAUUGACAAUUCUGAAAAAGAUAUUGAAAAUACUGAACAAGCUAAAGAUAGUAAAGUUUUACAUGAACAAGCUGCUGAAACUAUUAUUGUCACCGACAAGGUCACUGCUGUUGCUGAGACGCAAGAAGUUGUUAAUGUCGAAGAUGUGAAACCUUUGGCAGAACAAUCGAAUCAGAAAGCUACUGCUAAAAUUGAAGAAAAUCUAUUGCACCACAUCGAGGAAUAUACAUCACAAAUUGUUGUGGAAAUAAUCGACAGGUUAGCGAUUGUUGCAAAUGUUGAAGAAGUAAAACAGUCUGUUAAUAUUGCAAAAGAAUUACACGAGAGCAUUGUUGCUGGCGAUGCUGGAGUAUUGAGGGAAACGAGGGAUGAAUUGCCUGAAGAUACAAGUCCCGCUAAAGCUCAACUGGUGCAAAAACUACAGAAUGCAUUAUUAACGCUGCACUCACUGGCUUUCGAGACGACACAAGAAGCUGUUCCUGCAAUCACCGAAACUGAAUUGCAGACAGUAGUUGAAGUCGUUGAGCAACUUCAAAAUGAUCUGAAUCUUAUUGUCAAAGCUGAACAAAUCGCGGCUUUGCAAGCACCUUUUGAACGGGCGGCAGUUGAUGUACCUACAGCUGGAACUGAAGAACUAAUUACAGCUCCUGUUGUGACUGAACUUAUUAAGGCGGAGCAAGUAGUUGAAACCGAGUUUGCACAAUCAAUUGCAGAAGAAACAAGCCCUAAUAAGGCUGCUACAAUUUCCGAUACACUGUUAGAACACAUUGACCAAUACAUAUCCGAAAACGUUGCUGAAAUUGUAGGCAAGCUAGCCAUAGCAGCUGAUGCCGAGGAAGUGAAACAAUCGGUGAAAGUGGCGCAAGAGUUACGCGAGAGCAUCGCGGCCAGUAACGUCGGUGCAGUACUGGAAACUGGAGAAGAACUUCCUACAGACGCGAGCGCUAAUAAAGCACAACUGGUACAACAACUGCAGAGUGCGCUCUCCACGUUGCACUCGCUAGCUCUUGAAAGUACACAGGAAGCUAGUCCUGCAGUUGAUAGGAUUGCACUGCAAAAAGUGGUUGAAAUUGUCGAACAGCUACAAAACGAUCUCAGUGCCGUUGUCAAAUCGGAAAGUGUCGUAAUUUUACAAUCACCAGUGAUAGCUGAAGAGCUGGUUGCAGACUCUACGCAACUGACCAAGAAGAAAGAAGAAACUGAAGUUGCCACAACAACAGAACAAGCCACAGCUCUUGUAGUGACUGAAUCUGUAAUUUCAGAGCAAGUACAAGCUGUAGAUGAGAAAGCGGCUGCUAGUACAGAAAUUGAAAAGAUUACAAACGUAGAUGUCGAAACCACUGUAGCUGAAGUGAAGGAAGUGCUGUUAGAUGUGAUUGGAAAUGCGAUUAUUGAAGGAAUCAUUUCCGAUGAAACUGCUAAGGCUUCUGAUACACUGUUAGAACACAUUGACCAAUACAUAUCCGAAAGCGUUGCUGAAAUUGUAGACAAGCUAGCCAUAGCAGCUGAUGCCGAGGAAGUGAAACAAUCGGUGAAAGUGGCGCAAGAGUUACGUGAGAGCAUCGCGGCCAGUAACGUCGAUGCAGUACUGGAAACUGGAGAAAAACUUCCUACAGACGCGAGCGCUAAUAAAGCACAACUGGUACAACAACUGCAGAGUGCGCUCUCCACGUUGCACUCGCUAGCUCUUGAAAGUACACAGGAAGCUAGUCCUGCAGUUGAUAGGAUUGCACUGCAAAAAGUGGUCGAAAUUGUCGAACAGCUACAAAACGAUCUCAGUUCCGUUGUCAAAUCGGAAAGUGUCGUAAUUUUACAAUCACCAGUGAUAGCUGAAGAACUGGUCUCAGACUCUACGCAACUGACCAAGAAGAAAGAAGAAACUGAAGUUGCCACAACAACAGAACAAGCCACAGCUCUUGUAGUGACUGAAUCUGUAACUUUAGAGCAAGUACAAGCUGUAGAUGAGAAAGCGGCUACUAGUGCAGAAAUUGAAAAGAUUACAAACGUAGAUGUCGAAACCACUGUAGCUGAAAUGAAGGAAGUGCUGUUACAUGAGACUGGAAAUGCGAUUAUUGAAGGAAUUAUUUCCGAUGAAACUGCUAAGGCUUCUGAUACACUGUUAGAACACAUUGACCAAUACAUAUCCGAAAGCGUUGCUGAAAUUGUAGACAAGCUAGCCAUAGCAGCUGAUGCCGAGGAAGUGAAACAAUCGGUGAAAGUGGCGCAAGAGUUACGUGAGAGCAUCGCGGCCAGUAACGUCGAUGCAGUACUGGAAACUGGAGAAAAACUUCCUACAGACGCGAGCGCUAAUAAAGCACAACUGGUACAACAACUGCAGAGUGCGCUCUCCACGUUGCACUCGCUAGCUCUUGAAAGUACACAGGAAGCUAGUCCUGCAGUUGAUAGGAUUGCACUGCAAAAAGUGGUCGAAAUUGUCGAACAGCUACAAAACGAUCUCAGUUCCGUUGUCAAAUCGGAAAGUGUCGUAAUUUUACAAUCACCAGUGAUAGCUGAAGAACUGGUCUCAGACUCUACGCAACUGACCAAGAAGAAAGAAGAAACUGAAGUUGCCACAACAACAGAACAAGCCACAGCUCUUGUAGUGACUGAAUCUGUAACUUUAGAGCAAGUACAAGGUGUAGAUGAGAAAGCGGCUACUAGUGCAGAAAUUAAAAAGAUUACAAACGUAGAUGUCGAAACCACUGCAGCUGAAGUGAAGGAAGUGCUAUUAGAAGAAACUGAAAAGGCAAUUAUUGAAGGAAUUAUUUCCGUUGAAACUGCUAGAGCUUCUGAUACACUGUUAGAACACAUUGACCAAUACAUAUCCGAAAACGUUGCUGAAAUUGUAGACAAGCUAGCCAUAGCAGCUGAUGCCGAGGAAGUGAAACAAUCGGUGAAAGUGGCGCAAGAGUUACGCGAGAGCAUCGCGGCCAGUAACGUCGGUGCAGUACUGGAAACUGGAGAAGAACUUCCUACAGACGCGAGCGCUAAUAAAGCACAACUGGUACAACAACUGCAGAGUGCGCUCUCCACGUUGCACUCGCUAGCUCUUGAAAGUACACAGGAAGCUAGUCCUGCAGUUGAUAGGAUUGCACUGCAAAAAGUGGUUGAAAUUGUCGAACAGCUACAAAACGAUCUCAGUGCCGUUGUCAAAUCCGAAAGCGUCGUACCUUUGCAACCACCAGUGAUGGGUGAAGAGUUAUUUGCAGAACUAACGCAACCAACCAAAGAAAAAGAAAGUGAAGUUUUCUUAACAGAUACUCUGUUACAACACAUCGAACAAUACAUAUCCGAAAAUAUUGUGGAAGUUGUUGACAAGUUAGCCUCUGCAGCCAAUGCAGAAGAAGUGAAACAAUCGGUCAACAUAGCACAGGAGUUACGGGAAACUAUUGCGGCAGGUGACGUCAGUGCAGUGAUGGAAACUGGAGGAGAACUUCCUAAAGACACAAGUGCUGAUAAAGCUCAUUUGGUUCAACAAUUGCAGAGUGCGCUGUGUGCACUGCACUCGUUGGCUCUUGAGAGUACACAGGAAUCUGUCCCUGCAGUUAGUGAGGCUGCGCUGAAACAAGUGGUAGAAGUAGUGGAGCAACUUCAAGACGAUCUUAAUGCUGUUGUCAAAGUAGACAAUGUCGCAGUUUAUCAAUCGCCACUGACUGAAGAGAUAGUUACAGAAACAAUAUACCCGACGGAGGAAAAAGCGGAAACUGAAGUUCCUACAACAACAGCUACAGAACAAGCCAUAGCUCCUACAAUUAUGGAAACAGUUGCUGUUGAGCAAGUUGUAGCGGUAGAUGAGGUGGCGGCCCAUACUGUGGAAAUGGUGGGGACACCAAACAUGGAUGUUGUAGCCACUGCAGUUGAAGUACAUGAAGUGCUUACUGAUGACGUUGAAAGACCAAUUGCAGAAGGAAUUCUCAACGAAGAAACUGUUAGAGCUAAUGAUACUCUGUUACAACACAUCGAACAAUACAUAUCCGAAAAUAUUGUGGAAGUUGUUGACAAGUUAGCCUCUGCAGCCAAUGCAGAAGAAGUGAAACAAUCGGUCAACAUAGCACAGGAGUUACGGGAAACUAUUGCGGCAGGUGACGUCAGUGCAGUAAUGGAAACUGGAGGAGAACUUCCUAAAGACACAAGUGCUGAUAAAGCUCAUCUCGUGCAACAAUUACAGAGUGCGCUGUCUACACUGCACUCGUUGGCUCUUGAGAGUACACAGGAACCUGUCCCUGCAGUUAACGAGGCUGCGCUGAAACAAGUGGUAGAAGUCGUGGAGCAACUUCAAGGCGAUCUUAAUGCUGUUGUCAAAAUAGAAAAUGUCGCAAUUUGUCAAUCGCCACUGACUGAAGAGAUAGUUACAGAAACAAUACAACCGACGGAGGAAAAAGCGGAAACUGAAGUUCCUACAACAACAGCUACAAAACAAGCCAUAGCUCCUGUAGUGAUAGAAACAGUUGCUGUUGAGCAAGUUGUAGCGGUAGAUGAGGAGGCGGCUCAUACUGCAGAAAUAGUGGGGACAACAAAUAUGGAUGUCGUAGCCACUGCAGUUAAAGUACAUGAAGUGCUUACUGAUGAAGUUGAAAAACCAACUGCAGAAGGAAUUCUCAACGAAGAAACUGUUAGAACUACUGAUACUCUGUUACAACACAUCGAACAAUACAUAUCCGAAAAUAUUGUGGAAGUUGUUGACAAGUUAGCCUCUGCAGCCAAUGCAGAAGAACUGAAACAAUCAGUCAACAUAGCACAGGAGUUACGGGAAACUAUUGCGGCAGGUGACGUCGGUGUAGUGAUGGAAACUGGAGGAGAACUUCCUAAAGACACAAGUGCUGAUAAAGCUCAUUUGGUUCAACAAUUGCAGAGUGCGCUGUGUGCACUGCACUCGUUGGCUCUUGAGAGUACACAGGAAUCUGUCCCUGCAGUUAGUGAGGCUGCGCUGAAACAAGUGGUAGAAGUAGUGGAGCAACUUAAAGACGAUCUUAAUGCUGUUGGCAAAGUAGACAAUGUCGCAGUUUGUCAAUCGCCACGGACUGAAGAGAUAGUUACAGAAACAAUACAACCGACGGAGGAAAAAGCGGAAACUGAAGUUCCUACAACAACAGCUACGGAACAAGCCAUAGCUCCUCUAGUGAUGGAAACAGUUGCUGUUGAGCAAGUUUUAGCGGUAGAUGAGGUGGCGGCCCAUACCGCGGAAAUGGUCGGGACACCAAACAUGGAUGUUGUAGCCACUGCAGCUGAAGUACAUAAAGUGCUUAUUGAUGAUGAUGCUGAAAAACCAAUUGCUGAAGGAAUUCUUAACGAAGAAACUGUUAGAGCUACUGAUACUCUGUUACAACACAUCGGACAAUACAUAUCCGAAAAUAUUGUGGAAGUUGUUGACAAGUUAGCCUCUGCGGCAAAUGCAGAAGAAGUGAAACAAUCGGUUAACGUAGCACAGGAGUUACGGGAAACGAUUGCGGCAGGUGACGUCAGUGCAGAAAUGGAAACUGGAGGAGAACUUCCUAAAGACACAAGUGCUGAUAAAGCUCAUCUCGUGCAACAAUUACAGAGUGCGCUGUCUACUCUGCACUCGUUGGCUCUUGAGAGUACACAGGAACCUGUCCCUGCAGUUAACGAGGCUGCGCUGAAACAAGUGGUAGAAGUAGUGGAGCAACUUCAAGGCGAUCUUAAUGCUGUUGUCAAAAUGGAAAAUGUCGCAAUUUGUCAAUCGCCACUGACUGGAGUGAUAGUUACAGAAACAAUACAACCGACGGAGGAAAAAGCGGAAACUGAAGUUCCUACAACAACAGCUACAGAACAAGCCAUAGCUACUCUAGUGAUGGAAAAAGUUGCUGUUGAGCAAGUCGUAGCGGUAGAUGAGGUGGCGGUCCAUACCGCGGAAAUGGUCGGGACACCAAACAUGGAUGUUGUAGCCACUGCAGCUGAAGUACAUAAAGUGCUUAUUGAUGAUGAUGCUGAAAAACCAAUUGCUGAAGGAAUUCUUAACGAAGAAACUGUUAGAGCUACUGAUACUCUGUUAAAACACAUCGAACAAUACAUAUCCGAAAAUAUUGUGGAAGUUGUUGAUCAGUUAGCCUCUGCAGCCAAUGCAGAAGAAGUGAAACAAUCGGUCAACAUAGCACAGGAGUUACUGGAAACUAUUGCGGCAGGUGACGUCGGUGAAGUGAUGGAAACUGGAGGAGAACUUCCUAAAGACACAAGUGCUGAUAAAGCUCAUUUGGUUCAACAAUUGCAGAGUGCGCUGUGUGCACUGCACUCGUUGGCUCUUGAGAGUACACAGGAAUCUGUCCCUGCAGUUAGUGAGGCCGCGCUGAAACAAGUGGUAGAAGUAGUGGAGCAACUUCAAGACGAUCUUAAUGCUGUUGUCAAAGUAGACAAUGUCGCAGUUUAUCAAUCGCCACUGACUGAAGAGAUAGUUACAGAAACAAUACAACCGACGGAGGAAAAAGCGGAAAUUGAAGUUCCUACAACAAGAGCUACAGAACAAGCCAUAGCUCCUCUAAUGAUGGAAACAGUUGCUGUUGAGCAAGUUGUAGCGGUAAAUGAGGUGGCGGCCCAUACCGCGGAAAUGGUGGGAACACCAAACAUGGAUGUUGUAGCCACUGCAGCUGAAGUACAUAAAGUGCUUAUUGAUGAUGACGCUGAAAAACCAAUUACUGAAGGAAUUCUUAACGGAGAAACUGUUAGAGCUACUGAUACUCUGUUACAACACAUCGAACAAUACAUAUCCGAAAAUAUUGUGGAAGUUGUUGACAAGUUAGCCUCUGCAGCCAAUGCAGAAGAAGUGAAACAAUCGGUCAACAUAGCACAGGAGUUACGGGAAACUAUUGCGGCAGGUGACGUCGGUGUAGUGAUGGAAUCUGGAGGAGAACUUCCUAAAGACACAAGUGCUGAUAAAGCUCAUUUGGUGCAACUAUUGCAAAGUGCGCUAUCUGCACUGCACUCGUUGGCUCUUGAGAGUACACAGGAAUCUGUCCCUGCAGUUAGUGAGGAUGCGCUGAAACAAGUGGUAGAAGUCGUGGAGCAACUUCAAGACGAUCUUAAUGCUGUUGUCAAGAUAGAAAAUGUCGCAGUUUGUCAAUCGCCACUGACUGAAGAGAUAGUUACAGAAACAAUACAACCGACGGAGGAAAAAGCGGAAACUGAAGUUCCUACAACAACAGCUACAGAACAAGCCAUAGCUCCUUUAGAGAUGGAAACAGUUGCUGUUGAGCAAGUUGUAGCGGAAGAUGAGGUGGCGGCCUAUACUGAUGAAAUAGUAGGAAUACCAAACAUGGAUGUCGUAGCCACUGUAGCUGAAGUACAUGAAGUGCUGGUGGAUGACGCUGAAAAAUCAAUUGCUGAAAAAUCUUCACCUGAAGUAACUGCAAAUACUGCCGAUACACUGUUACAACACAUCGACCAAUUUAUAUCCGACAAUGUUGUAGAAGUUGUUGACAUGUUAGCCACAGCCGCCAAUGUAGAGGAAGUGAAACAUUCAAUUAAAUUGGCGCAAGAGUUACGUGAGAGCAUCGAAGCAGGUGAUGCCGGUGUAGUGUUGGAAAAUGGUGGAGAAAUUUCAGACGCAAGCGCUGUUAAAGCUCAACUGGUGCCACAAUUGCAAAAUGCGUUGUCUACGUUGCACUUUCUGGUUCUUGAGAGUAUACAAGAAGCUGGUCCUGCAAUUGAUGAGGCUGCACUGCAAAAAGUAGCCAAAGCCAUUGAAAAACUUCAAACUGAUCUUAUCGUCGUUAAUAAAACUCAAACUGCACUUAUUUGUGGAAUUUCGGUAGGCGAACAGGUACCUGCAGUGGCAACGCCGUCUACCGCAGAGCAAAAUAUUUCUGAAAUUCUGGAUACCACAAUUAUGGAACUAGAUGCAGUUCCUGUAGUGAAUGAACUUGAACCUCUAGAACACAUUUCAUCUGCAGAGGAGAAAGCAAUUUGUUUUGCACAAGCUACAGAAAUCUUUACCCCUGAUUCAAGUGAAAUGUAUAUAACCUCAGCAACGGAACGAGUCACUGCUUUACUAGCAGAUAAUCUAGAGCAAUUAGUUUUAUACAUAGAAACGCCUGUAGAAGAAAAUAAUGUUAAUGAAGAAACGGUGCAUUUAAUUUCGGAAAAGACAUCAGCUAUAGUUCUUACACCUGGAAUAGCUGAACAAAAUAUGGCUCUAGAAGUGACUGAACAAGUUGUUGUAGAGGAACAAGUGAAUGUAGGAGAGAAACCAGCUUUUAUUGAACCAACUACCGUUGGACAAAAAGUUUUUGCAACUGAAGAAAAUGUGGCUUCCAUAUCUGAUUUAGACAGCGCAGUUGAUGUUCAAGAAGUUCUACUAAUCGAAUCUGCAAAGCCAAUAGUUAAUGAAUCAGAAUCAGCAAAAAAAAAUACAAAUGAAGAGUUUGGAACUGCUGCUUUAGAAAUACUAGUAGCUCCUGUUCUCAAUGAAUUAGUUGUCUUGGAGCAAGCUUUUAAGCAAGCAGUAGAAGUUGAAACAACACAACCAGUAAAGAAUGAAAACGUAGCUGAAUUUUUAACUGCACCUACAGAACAAGACGUGAUUGAACUAGUUUCUAUAGAAACACAAGCUAAUGUCCAAGAAAAUCUAUCUUUAGUUGCCCAAAUUCCGGAGACCACUACAACGAUAAUGCAGGCAUUUAAUAAUAACACACCAGAAGUGAAAAUAGCAGAAGCUGUCAAGCCGUUGAUUGAUGAAAACAUGAUUGAAUCUGCUGCUGUAGUUGCUGGCACACUGUUACACCACAUCGAUCAAUACUUAUCUGAAAAUGUCGUGGAAAUGGUUGACAAGUUAGCCACAGCGGCGAACGUCGGCGAAUUGAAACAAUCAGUGAUAGUUGCUCAGGAGUUACGUGAAAGCAUCGCAGCCGGCGAAGCUGGCAUUGUAAUGGAAACUAGCGAAGAACUGUCCAAAGAUGUAAGCGCCCAUAAAGCUGAAUUAGUGCAACAAUUAUAUAGAGCUUUAUCUACGCUUCACUCACUAGUCCUAGAGAGUACCCAGGAGUAUAUUAGUCCAGUUGACGAGGCUUCAUUGCAUAAAGUAAUCGAAGUUGUAGAGCACCUUCAAGAUGACCUCAGCGUUACAUUAAAAGCUGAGCAAGUUGAAGUGCUGGAAGCCUCAAAACAGGUGGAAAAGAUAGUUACACAAACAUCAUCCAACGAAACGAUUGAUGUCGAUCAAAUUAUAGCUGAAGAAGAAAUGGCGGCUCCCACCUCAGAUAUAGGGACUACAGUUGAAGUACGAGGAUUGCUUAAAAAGGAGACUGCACAACUAAUCAAUAAGGAAUCCGAAUUUACAAAAAAUAUUGAGACAAUCGAAGAGCUUGUACCAAUAGAUAUAGAGCUACUUACAGCUCCUGAAGUAACUGGAGCAAUUUCUGUAGAUCAAACUUUGAGUAAAUCUGCGCUAGUCGCUGUAGAAAACAAUGAUGCAAACGAAGAAACAACACAGCCCAUUAAAGAUAAGGAGGCUGCCGAUUUUCUUAGAACUGCAAUAAUGGAACAGAACAUGGCUCUUGUAGUCUCCGAACUAGUACCUCUAGAACACCAAGUGAAUGUUCAAAAAAAUCUAGAGAUAGUUACACAUACUGCGGAAGCUGUCAGCGAAGUUAUUGAUACAAUUGCAGCUAAAACGCAAGAAGUGAUAAUAGCGGAAGCUGUACAGACUUUGCUUCAUGAUCACGAGAUCGAUACUACUCCAAAACUUGCUGAACACGCUGAGCUUCUUCAACACAUUGAAGAAUUCGUGUCCAGUCAAGUGGCGGAAGUUGUAGAAGAACUUUCUAAUUUAGCACAUGCUGAGCAGCUUAAAGAAACUGUUAAUAUAGCAAAAGAGUUGCGUGAAACUAUUGUGGCUAUUGACAUGCUUGCUGCUUCUGAAGAUACGGUUUCAAUAGCUGAAGAGGCUCGUGUUGAACAGGCAAAAUUAACACAAAAACUUCAAGAUGCAUUGUCUACUUUGCAAAUGCAAGUACUCGACAGCGCUGAAGAUAUCGCUACUACAUUUGACUCUGAAUCGCUCGAAAAAACAUCAGAAGUCAUCACCCACCUUCAAGAGGAUCUGAAAGUAGCAACAAUCACUCAUGUGUCUGAGAAAGUUACAUUACCCGAUAAAUUUACGGAUAUUCCUGAAGAAAACACUAUGAAGCAACUAGAGAAUCUACUACAAGAAGUAAGCGAAAAGAUUAAUUUACCACUUUCAGAAAAAUCAACAGAAGAUACCGAAGUACUACGGGAUACUCUCGACGAAGUUCAGACGGUAAUAAUUAAACUAAAACGUGACUGUGACGGGGCUAGAAAUGACACUCUCAAUGAAACUCUUGAAGAUUUAGAGUGCAGUGUGAGGAGUGUCCAACUUCAGAUUAAUGAAGAUAGCCCUCCAGAACUCUUGCAAGAAGCAUGUGCAACGCUACAGUUAUUAGCUAAUAAUAUGAGUGAAACUCAAGAGGUCUAUUUAUUAGAAACAAUAAAGAAAGACUCUGCAUCUGAAAAAGUGAUAAUAACAUGUUUCAAUGAAACUGAUGAAACAGUUAAAUUAUUAGAUAUUGCAUCCAAAAUUGACACAAAAAAUCUCAGUCAGUUGAAAAACAUUGUUACUUGUCUUAAUACCUUAAAAGAUACUCUUAAGUCACUGAGGCUCAACUUUAUGGGCGACGCCGAAACCCUCAUAGAAAAAGGUGUCGAAGUAGUUCAAAGUUUGGAUCAAAUUGAAGAAAAAGUGUUUGCAUUAGAAAAAGAUGUUGAGUCCGAAAGAAAUCUUUCACUUGAAGUAAAGGAAAAUAUAAUUACAGCAGUCCAUUCAGUUUAUGGCAGCAUAUCAAAUAUGCGCAGUACAAUAUCAAGUAUACAGAAACAAUACAUGUAUGAAAAUUACGGAAAACCUUCAGAAUGCUUCUUACGUUCUAUUAAACAUGUUUCGGCAAUCUCGAAUACAGAUGAUGAAUCCAUCAGUAAACUGAACUGGAAAAAACUGUCGAAGUCUUUAAGAAAUGUAUUAAAUCAUUUCGAAGAUGUCAAAUUUUAUGUAAAUCUAGACAAAACUGCUAGAUUACCCAGCGAUGCGGCAUUUACUAAAAUUAUUUUAGAAGAUUUAAGAACAAAUAUUAAUGAAAUUGUGAUGCCUUGUACUACCAGCUUAGGAGUAGAUGUGACUAGAAAGGCCGAAGAAAUUUUACAAUUUAUGGGAUUAACUUUAAUAAGCAUAGAACCUAGGCCUACAUUAGAAGUAAAAGAAAAAAUACCUGUAUUCAAAGAAAUGGCAAGUCGAGUUUUUAAUUUGACCGCUGUUAUUAAAUCUAAACUUCAAGAAAAAAUGCAUCAAGUGGAAGAUCUAAAUGAAGAUACUUUUGAAAAAGAAGAUACUCAAAUUGUCAGUGAAGAUAAAUCUGAAAUACAAGGUGAAACAUUAAUAAAAGAAGAAGCAUCUCUUAAAGAUGUUGCGGUGGCAUCUACAAGUCAAAUAAUAACGGAAGAAGAUAAUAUAAAACCGGAGUUAGAACCCGUACCUUCGACAAGUAAAUAUACACCAGAUACCGAAAAGAAAGAAGAACCCCAAACUGCAGUGGAGCAGGAGGAAGAUAAAAAAGAAACAAAGAAACGUGGCAGCAGAAAGAAGCGUGAAGAAGAAAGACGAAAACAAGAGGAACAGAAGAGACAAGAGAUAGAAAAAAAGGAACAAGAAGAAGCAAAAUUGAAGCAAGAGAAAGAACAUGCAGAGAAAAAAAAGGCAGACGAGGAAGACAGAGAAGAAAAAAGAAUGGCAAUACAGGAAAAUCAAAUCGAUCAAGCAAAAGAAAUAAAGAAACUUCAAGAAGUGGAAGAAAUUCAGAAAAGUACAGAAAUGGAAUUGGAAAUAAAACAGACAACAGAGGAAGAAAUAAAAAAAAUAGAGCAGCAAGAAGCUAAGCACAAAGUUGUGGAAGAAGAAAGGAAAAACAAAUCUGAAACAUUAAUUAGUGAAGAAAAGCAAAUAGAAAGGCAGGAAGCAGAAAUUACACAUUUGGAAGAAGAAAUACAGAAGGACAAAAAAGAGGAAGCACAUGGAGAAGAAAAACAGAUAGAAGAAGCACAGCUCGUUAAAGAUAAAGUAACGAAAAAGAUAGAAGAAGAAAGAAAAACGAAACAACAGGAUGACAAAGAAUUUGAAAAAGGUGAAAGUCACCUGAUGACUGAAAAAGAGAAAUGGGAUAAAACAGAAACUAACAGAGAAGAACAAAUUGAAGAAGAAUUAAUAAAAACAAAAGACGAUGAGGAAGCUGUCUUACAAAAAACCAAACAAAGACAAGAAGAAAGAAAAACGGAGGAUGAAUGCCUUCAAAAAGAAAAUGAAGAACUUAAAGAGGCAAAAAUUCAGAAGACACUUCAAGAGAAAGAACCUGAAACGAGGGAAACAAAAGACGACGAUCAAGUUGAAAUAAAAAAAGAAGUAGAGGAAGCAAGCCUUCUAACUGACAAAGUGGAAAAUGAACAACAACAGGAAACAUCAACUAAGCAAUUGGAAGGCGAAAAGAAAGAGGAUCAAAAGAGCAAAGAAGGAGAUCAUCUUACAAAAGAAAUAGAAGAAUAUGAAGUGCAAGAAAGAGAAAUUAAAAAUAAGGAUCAGGAAAUUCUUGAACAAGAAAAGGAAGACAGAAAGCAGAAUGAACUUGAGAUAAAACGCAUGGAAGAGUUGGAACUGAAAAAAAAAGAAGAUCAAGAAAAGGAAGAAAAGAGACAAGAGUCAGAUCAAAAUCGUGUAGAAAAAGAGAAGAAAAAAGAAAAAAUAGAUGAACUGAAAAGACAAGAAAAAGAAGAAGAGGAAGACAAUCUUAGAAAGGAAAUGGAGUUAGCAAAAAAGAAAGACGUGGAGACAAAAGAAAUUGAUGACCAAGAAAAGAUAAGACAGGAAAAAGUUUGUGAGUUGGGAGAACACGAGAAAAAAGAACAAUUAGGUAGUAAGGUGCCAAUACAGGAGAAUGAAGAAAAUAAAAAUAAUGUAGCAGAUGAAUUGCGUUUACGACAAGAGAAACUGCUGGAAGAAGCACGUCUCUUAAAAGAAAAAGAAGAAACAAACAAACAUGAGGCUGAGUCUACAGCAUUAGAUAAAGAAAAGAAAAACAAGGAGAAAAUGGAAACUGAAAAGAAACACGCAGAUGAGGAAAAGAAAAAGCAGGAAGAAGAAGAAGAUAAGCUUCAAAAAGAAAAACAAGAGUGUGAAAGGAUACGGUUAGAACAGGAAGCGAAAGAAAAAGAGGAAAUAGAGAAAAAUGAAAAGAAACGUGUAGAAGAGGAAAAUAAACAGAAAGAUGAAGAAGAGGCUCGGCUCAAAAAAGAGCAGGAGGAAAACGAAAGGCAAGAUACUGAAAAGAAACGUGUAGAGGAAGAAAAGAAAAAGAAACAUGAAGAGGAAGCGAGCCUUAAGAAAGAGCAGGAGGAAAAAGAAAAGCAAGAAUCAGAUCAGAAACGUUUAGAAGAGGAAAAUAAAAAGAAAGACGAAGAGGAAGCGCGUCUUAAAAAAGAACAGGAGGAAAAGGAAAAACAAGAAAUUGAAAAGAGACGCGUAGAAGAGGAAAAGAAAAAGAGAGAUGAAGAAGAAGCGGGCCUUAAGAAAGAACAAGAUGAAAAAGUAAAACAAGAAACUGAAAAGAAACGGUUAGAGGAUGAAAUGCAAAAGAAAGAUGAAGAAGAGGCACGUCUCAAGAAAGAGCAGGAGGAUGUAAAAGUAAAGCAAGAAUCCGACAUGAAACGUUUAGAAGAGGAAACGAAAGAAGAAGAAGAAGCGCGCUUUAAGAAAGAACAGGAGGAAAAAGUAAAACAAGAAACUGAAAAGAAACGGUUAGAGGAUGAAAAGAAAAAGAAAGAUGAAGAAGAGGCACGUCUUAAGAAAGAGCAGGAGGAUUUAAAAGUAAAGCAAGAAUCCGACAUGAAACGUUUAGAAGAGGAAAUGAAAGAAGAAGCGUGCUUUAAGAAAGAACAGGAGGAAAAAGUAAAACAAGAAACUGAAAAGAAGCGUGUAGAGGAUGAAAUGAAAAAUAAAGAUGAAGAAGAGGCGCGUCUUCAGAAAGAGCAGGAGGAAAAAGAAAAGCAAGAAUCAGAUCGGAAACGUUUAGAAGAGGAAAAGAAAAAGAAAGACGAAGAGGAAGCGCGCCUUAAAAAAGAACAAGAGAAAAAAGAACAACAAGAAAUUGAAAAGAAACGCGCAGAAGAGGAAAAGAAAAAGAAAGACGAAAAGGAAGCGCGCCUUAAAAAAGAACAGAAGGAAAAAGAAAAACAAGAAAUUGAAAAGAAACGCGUAGAAGAGGAAAAGAAAAAGAAAGACGAAGAGGAAGCGCGCCUUAAAAAAGAACAGGAGGAAAAAGAAAAACAAGAAAUUGAAAAGAAACGCGUAGAAGAGGAAAAGAAAAAUAGAGAUGAAGAGAAAGCGCGCCUUAAGAAAGAACAAGAUGAAAAAGUAAAACAAGACACUGAAAAGAAACGUUUAGAGGAUGAAAUGAAAAAGAAAGAUGAAGAAGAGGCGAAAAGGCUUAAGAAAGAGCGGGAGGAAAAAGAAAAGCAAGAAUCAGAUCGGAAACGUUUAGAGGAGGAACAGAUAAAGAAAGACGAAGAGGAAGCGCGCCUUAAGAAAGAGCAGGAGGAAAAAGAAAAGCAAGAAUCAGAUCGGAAACGUUUAGAAGAGGAAAAGAUAAAGAAAGACGAAGAGGAAGCGCGCCUUAAGAAAGAGCAGGAGGAAAAAGAAAAGAAAGAAUCAGAUCGGAAAUGUUUAGAAAAGAAAAAGAAAGACGAAGAGGAAGCGCGUCUUAAAAAAGAACAGGAGGAAAAAGAAAAACAAGAUAUUGAAAAGAAACGCGUAGAAGAGGAAAAGAAAAAGAUAAAUGAAGAGGAAGCGCGCAUUAAAAAAGAACAAGAUGAAAAAGUAAAACAAGAACCUGAAAAGAAACGGUUAGAGGAUGAAAUGAAAAAGAAAAAUGAAGAAGAGGCACGUCUUAAGAAAGAGCAGGAGGAAAAAGAAAAGCAAGAAUCAGAUCGGAAACGUCUAGAAGAGGAAAAUAAAGAAGAAGAAGAAGUGCGCUUUAAAAAAGAGCAGGAGGAAAAACUAAAACAAGAAAUUGAAAAGAAGCGUGUAGAGGAUGAAGUGAAAAAGAAAAAUGAUGAAGAGGCACGUCUUAAGAAAGAGCAGGAGGAAAACCAAAAGCAAGAAUCAGAUCGGAUACGUUUAGAGGAGGAAAAGAAAAAAAAAGACAAAGAGGAAGCGCGCCUUAAGAAAGAAAAAGAGAAAAAGAAACUUGAAAGGAAACGUUUAGAAGAGGAAAAGAAAAAGAAAGACGAAGAGGAAGCGCGCCUUAAAAAAGAACAGGAGGAGAAAGAAAAACAAGAAAUUGAAAAGAAACGCGUAGAAGAGGAAAAGAAAAAGAAAGACGAAGAGGAAGCGCGCCUUAAAAAAGAACAAGAGAAAAAAGAACAACAAGAAAUUGAAAAGAAACGCGCAGAAGAGGAAAAGAAAAAGAAAGACGAAGAGGAAGCGCGCCUUAAAAAAGAACAGAAGGAAAAAGAAAAACAAGAAAUGGAAAAGAAACGCGUAGAAGAGGAAAAGAAAAAGAAAGACGAAGAGGAAGCGCGCCUUAAGAAAGAACAGGAGGAAAAAGAAAAACAAGAAAUUGAAAAGAAACGCGUAGAAGAGGAAAAGAAAAAGAGAGAUGAAGAGAAAGUGCGCCUUAAGAAAGAACAAGAUGAAAAAGUAAAACAAGAAACUGAAAAGAAACGGUUAGAGGGUGAAAUGAAAAAGAAAGAUGAAGAAGAGGCGAAAAGGCUUAAGAAAGAGCAGGAGGAAAAAGAAAAGCAAGAGUCAGAUCGAAAACGUUUAGAAGAGGAAAAGAAAAAGAAAGACGAAGAGGAAGCGCACCUUAAGAAAGAACAGGAAGAAAAGGAAAAGCAAGAAUCUGAGAAGAAACGUUUUGAACAGGAAGUAAAAGAAAAAGAAGAAAAUGAAUUACGUCUCAAAAAAGACAAAGAGGAAAAAGAAAAAAAGAAACGUGAAAAGAAACGGUUAGAGGAAGAAAAGAAAAAGAAAAACGAAGAGGCACGCGUUAUGAAAGAACAAGAGUUAAAAGAAAAGCAACAAUCUGAAAGUAAAAAAGUAGAAGAGAAAAUGAAACAAGAGGAAGAUGAACGACAAAAGAAAGAAAAAGACAAUAUAGAAGGAAAACACCAACAAAAAAGAGAUAAACUACAAGAAGCGUCCAUCAAAAAAGAAAUAGACUAUACAAAAGAUGAUAACUUAGAAACAGAAAUACUAAAAGUUGAAAAGAAACGAGACGACAACUUUGUAAGCACAGGUGAAGAAACCAGUCUAAAAUCCAAGAAAAGAGAGUCAGAUAAAGAAAGCGAAUCAACUGAAAAAUAUAUUCCUAAAGAAAAUGGUGAUAGAGCUAUCUCAACAGAUCGGAGAAAACACCAUGACAUCAAAAUGGAGAGCAUAGAAGAUACGCGACCGAGCGAUAAGCAACUUCAUGUUAGAGAAGAAUACGACUCUCCGACAGCUAAAAGAAAAUAUGAAGAAAAAGAGAAGCCAAGGUUUAUUGACCACAAUCAUAGAGACUAUACAAUGGAAUUUGCUCGACCAUCAGGAUAUACAGAAAAAACUUUCGAUGAUAAAUCUGUCUUUGAGCGAGACAGUUACGGCAGAACUCCAACAAUUUACAAAGCGCAGACAAUUAUUUUGGAUUCCCAGCUCCGAUCGUCCUUACCCCCAUUAUCUUCAAGUCGAAGCAGUGAGCAUGACAGAAAAUCUGAGGUAAGACACAGAUCUAAAGGAGUUAGUGAAGCAAGAAGCAUGGUUUCGGAAAGAAGGUCGAGCGUUCCUCGUGAUAUCAAGAGAAAGCCCGUCUUUUCGACUUACCUGACUGACAGAACAGCUGUUGAAGGCUCUCGUGUGAAACUGACAUGCAGUGUACUGUCAUCUGGUGACCCCACUAUAACGUGGUACAGAAACGGCGUGGUGCUAGAUAAUAAACUGAAAUACAGAACAAGAUUCGCUGAUGGACUAAUUACCUUAGAGGUUCUAAACGCUGUACCAAGUGACUCCGCUGAGUAUAGUUGUACAGUUGAAAACGACAAUGGCUCUGUCAACUCUUCUGCUAAUUUAAAAGUUUAUCCUUGUUUCGAAGCUUCUCCCAUUCCACCUACAUUUACACGCUCCAUUCGAGACACUUACCACUUGGCUGAAAAUGAAUUGGUCCUUGAAUGCCGCAUUAGAGGCCAACCUCUUCCGACUAUAACCUGGAUGAAAGACGACAGGCCGAUAACUACCAAUGAGAGAUACCAAGCCUACUAUUUAGCUGAUGGAGUUUGCAGACUAGCCAUCAAUCAUCCAAUUCCCGAGGAUAGUGGGAAAUAUACGUGCCGGGCCGAGAACUCUGUGUGGUCUGAUCAAAUUACUCAUGUUGUCAAUUUUACUGGAAAAGAAAGACGUCUAAGUCCGAAUCUUGCUACAGUAGAAAGAUCACAUUUCAAUCGACAAGCUAUGGAAUCACGUCGGCCUCAUUUCACAAAUGUUCUGACCGACUACAAAGUGGUAAAAGGAGGUACAAUAGGUCUACAAGUUGAAAUCAGAGGAAGUCCAUCGAGGGUGGAGUGGCUGCGUGAAGGCCGCUCUGUUACUGAAGUAUAUAGAAAUGCACACACUUUUGUUGAACAAGGAUUGUACACUCUUGCUCUGACGGAUGUAACUGAAACAGAAUCUGGAAUGUACACAUGCAGAGCUUGGAGCACUCAUGGUACCGUUGACAUGAACGCAGCUAUUACAGUCGUCCAACCAACAGAAUUAGACGGAAAACCUGCCAUUAUAGUAGGCCGCCCAGAGAAAGAUGUUUUGAUUUCUGUCGGAGAAGAUUUAAAUAUCUCCUUUAGAGUGCAAGGAGAACCGAAGCCCAAAGUCGUAUUCAUGAAAGGUAUUCGCGAUAUAACAAACAGUCAGAGAGUCUGCAAGAUGACUUCAGACGACUACGUGAAGUUCACAGUCAAGAGGUCUGUGAUCUCUGACGCCGGCACUUACUGCAUCCUUGCCAGAAACGCUUACGGUUGCGACAGAGCCUUUGUAACUGUUGUGAUACGACAACGAGCUUCAUCUGACAAUCUCAUAUCGGACUGGACGUACCCCGCCGAUGAGUCUGUGAUAUCAACAGCCGACCGACAAUACAAAUCUGUGCCCGAGCGCAUCCCGGGCGAGCCGAGCGUCGUGGACGGCGGAAACAACUGGGUGUCCAUCGCGUGGCCAAAACCAGAUAACCGUUACGCAGCACCAGUCCUCGCCUACAAAGUCGAAAGCUGGUUACUCGGGAAGGAAGGCGGAGCCCGCUGGGUGGAACUUGGCAUCACUCCACUCAACUCCUUCGACGCGUUUAAUCUGAAGCAAGGAGAGGAGUAUCACUUCCGUGUGACGCCUAGAAACCGGUACGGCUGGGGCGAGUCAGUGCAGACCUCUACGCCGUACGGCAUCGGUAUUGCGGGAGACCGUCCGGAGUUCGUGGACAUAUUGCCUGGACAGUUGAAGGUGUUGUUGGGGGAGACUGCGUGUCUGAGUUGUAGUGUUAAGGGGAAGCCGACGCCUCAAGUGGUGUGGAUGAAGAACGGACAUGAGAUCGACGAGGAGCAGCGGAUGAAGACGUCGUACAACGGGUUCAACUGCAGCCUCACGAUCAAGGACAUCACGAGCGAGGAUGAGGCGCGGUACAGCUGCGAGGCGAGCAACGACCACGGACGCGCGUCCACGUACGCCAGGCUUGCGGUUGUUACCGACAGGCUGAUAUGGGAGGCUGAUGCUAAACUCAAAAGGGAAAGAUCAGCGGACGCUGAAGGGGACUAUCCCCCCCAGUUUACGAUGCGACUGCGGGAUCGACGCGUGCAAGCGACGUACCCUGUCCGGCUGACAUGUCAGGUGAUCGGCAGCCCAGCCCCUAGUCUUAUCUGGUACAAGGACGGCAGAGAAGUUGAAAUUGACAGCCGUCACACGGCAUCACAAGACGAGCACUUUCACACUUUGGAGAUCGACCGCGCCACCCUGGAGGAUGGAGGCGUGUACGAAGCAAUGGCGAGGAACACCAGCGGAGCCAUCAGCUGCCGGUGCUGCCUUGUCGUGGACAAGGGCAUCCGGGCGUACGUCGCGCCAGAGUUCUGCCUCGGCCUUGAACCUUACUACCGGCUUAGCGAAGGCGAAGAACUCAGAAUAACAGCAGUGGUAGAGGCGUACCCAUCAGUGGGUGUCACGUGGUACAGAGACGGGGUGCGCCUGCGAUCCAGCCGACGCGCGAUCAUGACUCUAGACCACGACGGUCAAAUAGAGCUGGCGCUGGCGUCUGUUACCCCCAGGGACUCAGGGAUCUACACCUGCACGGCCUCUAAUGAGAUCGGUCGGGCGUCCACUUCAGGGAAGGUUGAGGUCAUAGGUGAUGACACGAUGGAGAAGAAGAGAACACCGCCCGUGCUCAUCAGUCCUGAUGUUCCGUAUUCCAAAGAGCCGAUGUUCAUCCGGAAGCCCCGUUCGAGUGAAGCGCGUGAAGGUGACACGGUGAUCAUCGCGUGCGAGGUCAUUGGCGACCCCAAACCUGACGUCUACUGGUUACGAGACUUCCUCAAGCCAGACUACUACCGCGACGCUUCUCACUUUAAGAGAGUUGGUGAAGGACCGGAAUACCGCUUCGAGAUUCCUCAUGCUAAGCUGGACUACACUGGCGCAUACUCCGUCGUAGCUCGCAACGUGCACGGCGAAGCAAAGGCCAUAAUCUCACUGCAGAUACUCGCUAGAGAUCCCAGUUCCACAGAUGAACAUAAUGUGCGAUACGGGCGAGUGGACGUGAUUCCCCGCUUCGAUAAGAACCUGACAGACUUACUGAGCCACGAUGGAGACGCCGUCGAGUUCGAAUGCCGGGUCUCCGGACACCCAGAGCCCGACAUCAGGUGGUUCCACUAUAACGAGUUAAUCCGCGACUGUGAUUACCUGGAGACUUCGUUCGAGGAGGGAGCAGCUCGGCUGAAGAUCAAGCAGGUCACGGCGGAUGAUGAGGGCACGUACGCGUGCGAGGCUUCCAACACGCUGGGCAAGGCAUCCUCCACUGCUUGCCUGGUCGUCUACCCUCCCGGCGAGCCUAACACGCUGAGUCAGCGCCUGCGCCGACCACCCGCGCUGCUCUCCGCCGCCUCCACUCCCCGCUCCACUCCACGGAGCACGCCUGCCAGAUCCGUCUCCAGGACUCCAGGUCCCGACUCGAGGCGCUUCGCCAGUCCGUCUCGCCAAGUAGCCCCGAAGUUCUACACGUAUCCAUUCAACAAGGUUGUUGAAGAGGGCGAGAGUGUAGUCUUCAAGUGUGCAGUGAGGGGAAUGCCCACACCCUGGGCGUCUUGGGACAAAGACGGGGUCAUCAUCACGCCGUCUUCCCGUAUCACUAUCAAGGAGAAAGAUGAUAUGCUCAGGAUACUAGAGAUUGAUGAGGUUACGGUUGAUGACGUGGGACUGUACCGAAUAACGCUAGAAAACGACUACGGACGCGUGGAAGCGUCCGCGCGGCUGGAGGUGAUAACUCACGAGGGCAAGUUCCACGCGGGCGUGAGGGCCUACAGCGCCUCCCCUCGGAGGGCCCUCGGCCGCCGCCGGGCCCCCUCCGCGCCCCGACAAGACUGACACGUGAAUCACCUCGCCAGAUAUUUAAGUGAAACAGAGGAAGCAAGCGCGAGUGAGAACAAUAUAAUAUAUAUUUUGUUUUCUUCUAUUUAUUUCUGCAUUUUUGUAUAACAAUUCGGCCUGAUGUCAUCUAUAGUUUAAAAAUGUUAAGUUUUUGUUUUUGUAGUUUUGAAUAGUACAGAUCCAUACUCAUUUAUACCGGCGUCGUGUCUCAAUCGAGGUGGAUGAUGGAACUUUUUAAUGACUCAAGUUUUUAAAAAGUUCCGUUCAGGGUGUGUGGAUAAAAUAACUAUUCAACAGAUCAAUCAACGUAAAUAUUUGAAAUACGUCGACAAAUUACCAAUGAACGCAAUGUGGUACAAAUAAGUAGGUAUAUAAGUACCUACUUUAAUAAAAUAAUAGGUACUUCGUCAUAAUGUUAGAAACAAGUUACUUACUUACUUAUGAACUUAUCACAAAAAUAUAAAUGAAUAUUUCCAUAAAGAAUAAAAAAAUUAUCAGCUUCAAAAAUGAUGAUUUUGUAGCGCUGAACAUUUUUUUACAAAUAUUUAUUGUUAACCCUAAAAUUGGUGCCGGCAUAAUAUUAGUGUGGAUCGCAAGUACCCAUCUAAUUUUGCAAAUUGUUUAAUUUAUUACAGGCUCUUGCAAAGUUAUUAUGGUAGUAUAUAUUUACAUAAAUAGAAAAAAGUAGCUCUAAGCUCUGUGCAAUAGCUUUGGGUUUGUCAUGGGCAUAGUAGGCAUAGGUAUCCUACCAGUAAGUAAUAAUUAUUAGCGAGAGGUAUCAAUUAAAUAAACUGAUGAAAUAUCAAUCAAAGAAAAGUGCCUCUCCAAAAAUUCCACGUAUGCUCAUGCCGUGAUAACCAAAUGUUGAUCAGCAUGGAAUUAGUCAUCCAUUUUGCUAAAGCACGCACCUAUUACUCUGAAAAGGAGUAUGGGCAAAAUGGUAUACCCGCCUAAAACCAUGAUCAGCAGGUAUAACUCAAAAAAUACUGCAAUAAUAAGAUACCUUAUUAACUAUUGUUUGUAAUUAACACUCAUUGAUAUGCCUAUUGGCCGCGACACCAAAAUGCCCAAUUUCUUUUGAUGUAGACUUUUUGUAAUAUACCCGUUAAUUAGAUAAGCGACCGAGGCGAUUAGCGCACUUCCUUGAAUAAUGUGGAAUAAAAUUUAUUACGAGUUUAAA